UGCACUUUGAACUUUCCUUUUGAAAGAGAAAUUAUAUUGUGGAAGUUCUCAAGCUUUUAUACAUUUUUUCUACUAUAGAAAUUCCAUAUUAACAUUGAAUUAUUAUUCUUGAACAUAUAUAGCAAUGGCAACAGGACUUGAUAGGGUAGCUGGACUUGGAAUGUCUUUGCUGGGAGUUCUGAUAUUUGUGUAUUAUACUUUGUGGGUUAUAUUUUUGCCAUUUUUAGAACCUGGACAUGUGUUACAUAAGGCCUUUUUACCUAGAGCAUAUGCUGUUAUUAUCCCAAUUGCUGCUGGAGUGGUUCUUCUUGGACUAAUAGGUGUCUUCAUAGCUGUUGUUUUGCUCAAAAGUAAAAAGUCAGAAAAGAAGUCAAAUUGAGGUGUCAAUCAAUUCAAAUGUAAAUAUGACAAGAUGGGUGUUGUGCAGGUGUCUUUUUAGGACAAAUUUACAAUGUCUUUGAUAUGAAAUCUUAUGAAAAUUAUUACCCCCUGGGAUUAGCAUAAAAUAAUGUAAUGAAUUGUAGAUCAUUAUAAUUUUAUUGCGCAAAUGUCAAAA